AUGAUUGCUCGUGUCACUGAUGGGCUUCCAGUGGCAGAGGGACUGGACGAUAGUCGUGAUGUGCCAGAUGCUGACUUCUACAAGCAGCAAGUCAAGGCUCUGUUCAAAAACCUCUCAAGGGGUCAGAAUGAGCCUUCAAGAAUGUCGAUUGAAACAGGCCCAUAUAUCUUCCAUCAUAUUAUUGAAGGGCGUGUUUGUUAUUUGACAAUGUGUGAUCGUGCUUAUCCCAAGAAACUUGCCUUUCAAUAUCUGGAAGACCUUAAGAAUGAAUUUGAGCGUGUCUAUGGAAAUCAGAUUGAAACUGCUGCAAGACCUUAUGCUUUUAUUAAAUUUGAUACAUUCAUACAGAAAACAAAGAAAUUGUACCAGGAUACAAGAACCCAGCGGAAUAUUGCAAAGUUGAACGAUGAACUUUAUGAAGUCCAUCAGAUAAUGACUCGCAAUGUACAGGAAGUUCUUGGUGUUGGUGAAAAGUUGGACCAGGUCAGUCAGAUGUCGAGUCGCUUGACAUCUGAAUCCCGCAUAUAUGCUGAAAAGGCAAAAGAUUUGAACCGCCAGGCUCUGAUUAAGAAAUGGGCCCCUGUCGCCGUUGUUCUAGGAGUUGUUUUCCUCCUUUUCUGGGUCAGAAAGAAGUUCUGGUAG